UUUUGUCUCUAUGUUCCAGGGCACAAGAUAUUUCUGUUCACGGCGUACUACGUCACAGCCUCUCCACCAUUUCGCUCUACGUUAUCGUAGCAUUCGUUUAACCCUAAGCCUGGAUGGACAGUUUGAGUCUCAAUAAUUAACACAUUGGAAUUUAAAAUCGUAUUUCAUAAUGUCUUUUCUUCAGUCACGCAGUCGACUGGUGAAGUUGUGUGUGGUUUCAGGGGCAGUAACUCUGGUGACAUUCAUGGUCUACUACUACACGCCUGUACAUAAGUUUAAAUCGUACUCCAGCACAAUAUGGUUACAAAAUUUUACAAAAGGUUCACAAAAUGUCGACGAGCCACAAGACCUCGUAACAACAAUGACCGCCACAUUAAUCAAAAUGUUACAAGGAUCUACAGACAUGAAGCCACACAAUGUUACAGCAGAUUGUAACAAUAUAUGGAAUUCCUGCCGUCCAAAAAACUGUUCAAAGUAUAUAAGUCAAAGUCCUGAAAAAAGAAUACGAGAUUUACUGUCGCCUAAACUGACCCUAAAUGACCAAGAUCGCCAACUUAUAUCUUACUUAUCAUACUUGAUACCGGAAAAUGACGUCAUAUUCGCAACCGCAACGUCCAGUAAUCACUAUGAUGAGACGCAGGCAAUGGUUCACAGUCUUCACACAGUUGUCUACCCUAGAGUUCAGAACAUGAGUAUUGUUUUGUUGGAUCUAGGACUGACACAGGAACAGAGGCAAAAAACUGAAAAGUCGUGUCGAUGUCAAGUGAUCUCAUUCCCUUCCGACAAAGUGCCCAGCUACUUCAAAGAGUUAGGCUUUUGUGCUUGGAAGCCAGUACUGAUUAUGGCUUGCAUGAUGAAAGCGAGGAAAUCAGUCGUGUACCAAGACGCUUCAAUCUACUGGAAAGACACGAUUGUUGACUUUCUAGACAGGGGAGAUAAACUUGGUCUACAAAUAUGGGGAGGUGUAGGCAUGCACAACAUCCCUGUGACCACAUUGAAAGGAACGUUUGACUACUUUGGGGAAGAGCCUUGUGCCUACCUGAACUAUACGUCCCUCCAGGCUGGAAUCAAUGUAUUUAAACAAACACCUUUUGUAGUUAGAACUAUACUGGAACCUUGGGCUAAAUGUGCCCUAGAACCUGAUUGUAUAUGCCCAGGAUGUACAAAAAACCACCUCAAUUGUUUCAAACCUAAAAAAGAAAUACACAUGUGUCAUAGAUUUGACCAAUCAGUGUUGUCCGUCAUAACGACCAAAUUGUUUUCAUACGAACGUUACAGAUUUCACAUGCCCGGCAGUGACGCGGAUGAUGGCCGAUAUGUGACCAUUAACAGGGGACAGAAAAAACCAAACUACUUUAACUAACCUCAUUAGAUUUACAUUUAUUAUGUUUAAAUGUUGUAUGAAAGUGUGUGUAUGUACUUUAUAUAAUAUAAAACACAUAUUUGCACAUAAUGUUGUGUACAAAAAUUAUAUAUUUUCAUUGAUCUAAAACUCUGGCAACUUUUCUGGCCAAGGCGUUUGAAAUAUUUAGACAGAGCACCUGUGUUACUUCACCGUUCUGUUUAUGUUUACAAAGUUUUUAUAAACUAGCUCCGUCUGUCUGUCUGUCUGGUACAAAUUUUGUACACGUUAUUUCUCCCUAUUCCCAUUCUCGGAUCAGUUUGAAUGUUUGCACAAUUAUUCCUUGUUCCUAAAGAAAAUAUAAUUCGCUAUCAAACAAUUAUUUAAUUUUGAUCGAUAUAAAAGGGAUAUAAAUCUUCAAGUAUUGAGACAUAUAGCUGUAAAUGUGCCUUUUUUUCCCUUACAAAAAACACUUUGUUUAACGUGGUUUUAGUACCAGUAGUGUAGCUUGAUUCUAUACAACCAGCCCCUUCCCUCAGAUACCGUUUUAUUUAACUGCAUUGUACUUUGUUCCCAAGUUCCUGUUUCUGUGAUUCUCAAUUUCAUUUUUCAUGCUAAGCAAAUUUAUUGUUUUUUUUAUUUCAUUUAACGCUUUUAUGUUUGACGUUAAUAAAUAUUUCAUAAAAUUCAAAAGUUCUUCUUUAUUAUUACUAUUUAAAAAAAAAACAAUUAAAGAAUCCCUUUUAGACCUUGGGAUAUAUGGGGAGAUAGUGUAAAGGGCACAUGUUACUACUGUACCUAUGUCAGGUACCUAUUUACAGUUGCGCCCUAAAAAUCUUUAUAAUCAAAAUUCCAGUAAUCACGGAGAUUGGAACCCAGGACCCUCGGUUCUGAAGCCAAGUGCUUUACCACUCAGCCACCACACUCCUAAAGAGAAGUAAAUUAAUGCAGCUCCGGGUUUUAGGGACGGCAGGUGGGGCUAGAGCCCCUGGGUAUCUGUCAAGAUUUAAUAAUUUAAUUACUGAAUUAUUAAUUAUUAAUGUGUUUAGGUAUUAAAAGAAUAUUAAUUUAAAUUGCAAUAUGUGUAUGUGCAGUGGCGUGGCAUCCAUGGCGCGAAGGGGUUCAAUGAACCCGGGCCCACGACAAUUUGGGGCCCAUAGCCUGUUGCAUAUUAACAAAGGCGCAAAGGGAUUCAUUAGCUUGGGCCGAUGACUAACGAUCAAUCGGGGCCCACAUGAAGCAUAGGCGUCCCUAGUGGAUGACAACAAUGGAGAGAAAAAAAAAAGAACUUUUGUAAAAGCUGAUUUAGAAAACAAUUCCUUCAAAUAUUCUAAAUGUUACACCCAACUUUAUAUUCAUUUCAAAACGUUAACCCGUGUUUUCAGCUCGAGUCUGUGUACCAACGGCUUGGACAGUCUGUAAUGAAAGGAACUGCUUUUAUACAUAACUGAAUCAAACCUAAUGACUUUAUUACCUAGGAAAUGUAGCCUACUGGUACAUACAAACUACUCCACAUUUUAUGUCACACAAUACAUUCGGCUUAUCGGUAAAAAAAAAGGAGGGGGGGUGGAGGCAACCAACAUAUUCUUGAACCUGGGCCCUCGGGUACCUUGUUACGUCACUGACCAAGGCUAAAUUACAUUUUAGUUUUAUGUUCUUAUUUGACGUAUAUAAAUUUCUUUUAAUAAAUCCUAAUGCUUUGUUUGAUUAUUUGAUAGUUUUAUCAAUAUGGGGAUUCCAUGACAGUUUUUCAUUUAUUAUAACACCUAGGUAUUUUGCGUUUUUAGUCUGUGUUACUGGUUUGCCAUGAAUAAGAUAAGUGGAAUUAAUUUGUUUUAGUUUUUUUUUUUGUUACUCUUAAGAACUGACAUUUUUCUGGGUGGAAAGACAUGCUCCAAUUUGAUUCACAUUUCUGUAAUUCAUCUAAUUCUCUUUGUAAAAUUUCUGUAUCUUUAGUUGUUUUUAUUGUUCUAUAUAUUAUGCAAUCGUCUGCGAAUAAUCUGACUUUUGUUCCUGAAGUAAUGCAAUUUGGUAAAUCGUUUAUGUAAAUUAAAAAUAGUAGUGGACACGUGAAGCGAUAUGAAUUGAGAUUUGUCACUUGUGCAUUGUUUAACUAAUAAACAACGGUAUUAUUCAUUAAAA